CAAAAGAAGAAUCUUAAAUUCAAAAACCUAUAAGUCCAUGUUUCUUUUACUUAUUUGUCUGGUUCUGACCUGUGAUACUUCACAAAGUGUUUCAGUUUGACGGAUAUGUGAUGGUGGAGGGUAAAUAAUCCUUCAGGUUGGAGUGGACACAGAGGGUGCAGGUACAGACGACAGAUGGAGACUCAGCGUGACGUAUUUGUCAUUGUGCAGACAGAGGCUGUUAUUACAGGGUGCUGUCAGGGGCUGACUGAGGAACUCUGAGUCUGCUGGUGAAGGAGAGAAUCUCGUGUGGACCAAAACUGAAAGCUGAAUAUGAAAAGAGAGUAAGAAGGAGGACUGAGAAGCUGGAGGUUAAGUGGGAUUGAGGCAUCAGUGAGGUGGUGGAUAUUGUUGGUGGAGCCCGAGUGACUGACAGAUCUCAUCACCUGGAUUGGAGAUAAAAAAUAAUAAAAAAAUUCCCCCCACAGAUGUUUCAUCUGUACUAACCAAGAAACCUGCAGCUCAAAUAAAGUUUGAUCAAAAAGUCUGUAUUCCUCACUUGAAGGACGGUCCUGACUGGUAGGACGAUCCUGACAUGGAUGCAGGUCCUGACUUGGAGACCAUUAAUGACUCUGAGGCAGGUCCUGACCCAGAGGCUUUUCCUGACUCGGAGGCUGGUCCUGACACGGAGGCCGGUCCUGACUCAGAGGCAGGUCCUGACCCGGAGGCCGGUCCUGACACGGAGGCCGGUCCUGACUCAGAGGUCGGUCCUCACUCUGAGGAUGGUCCUGACUCAGAGGCCGGUCCUGAUCCGGAGGCCGGUCCUGACUCAGAGGCUGGUACUGACCCAGAGGCCUUUCAUGACUCGGAGGCUGGUCCUUACUCAGAGGCCGGUCCUGAUCUGGAGGCAAGUCCGGACUUAGAGGCCGGUCCUGACUUGGAGGCAGGUCCUGACUUGGAGGCAGGUCCUGACUGGGAGGACGGUUCUGACUGGGAGGCAGGUCUUGACUUGGAGGCCGGUCCUGACUGGGAGGCAGGUCCUGAACUGGAGGCCUGUCCUGACUAGGAAGCCAGUCCUGACUAGGAGGCCAGUUCUGACUCGGAGGCUGGUC